CAUUCGACAUGCCUCAGCUGCACCUCUUGAUCAUUUUAAGCUUCGUAAGUGGAGCUCAUCUUUCAGUUAUCAUUGCACGAGGAGACACGUCGGUAGAGUUCGGUGGUGAUACUUCACUUUCCUGCGCGCUCUCGAACCCGUCUGGAGUCAAACAGGUGUCCUGGGAGCGAGUGCGCGCCGGUGAUGAUGCUGAAACUCUGGCUACGUUCAGCGAGCGCUACAAGGAUUAUGUUCACCAAGAGUAUGUCGGAAAAGUCAUCAUCACGUCGUCAUUUAAUUCUUCGUCUAUCGUGAUCAAAAACGUAACAUUUGAGGACGAGGCCUGCUACAUUUGUUCCUUCAAAUUGUAUCCAUCAGGACCUAAACGGGAAACAUUGUGCCUCACUGUUAAAGGUAUAUCGGAAAUUAAAGCAUCAGUCCAACCUGCAUCCGGUUCUGAUGUUACAGUGUCAUGUUUAGCCACGGGUAAACCCACGCCAAUACUCCAGUGGAAAUCCACAGAGAAAGACCAAAACCUCCAUCUCUCUUGGUCGAAUAAUACAAGGGUCAACAGUGACGGUUCAAACACUACUACAAGCUACCUCAAACUACCUAUAUCACAGUUUCAUGGGAAAAGUGUUGAAUGUGUGGCGCAGAGUGACAAUGUGGAGAAAAGCUACCAGAUCUCCUUGUCUGGAAAAAAUGAUGAAGUGACCUAUAAUACAUCAAGGAGCUAUUUCACUACAGUUUUGGCCCUCAUUUUCAUGCUUAUUAUAAUUUUUGUAAUAACUCUCAUCUGUCUUUACAAGAGACUUCAUGGAACCCGUUUAAGGAAGAUAUCUCUUUCUGUAGAUUCACUUCAGAAACCAGUUGUAAUAGAUUGUUUCUUGGAAUGUUAACUCAUACCUCAAAAUAUGAAUUUUUAGCCAGGUACUUUUUUGCUAUUUAAAGUUAAUUAAUGUUAUUUUAUCAUCUUAAAGUAUUUAAUUUUUAUAUUGAUUUAUUUAUUUGAAGUGACAUUUUCAUCACUUUCUUUAUAUGAACGAAGCGCUUUUUAAAUUAUUUUAUUGUGUUUGGAUCAUGACUAAAAAACAGCAUGCUCACUUUGCACUUGCACUUUAAGAUCCUUUAGUUUUAUAAAAUGUCCUGUUUGCCUUUAUUAUAUAUUUAUUGUUUACAACACUAUUUCGCUUAUAUAACACACAAACAAACUAUCAAUAUGUCUUGUGUUACUGUUUUCUCAUCCCCGAUGCCAUGUCUAUACGGUUGAGCAAUGAAUGUGAUUGUUUUGUUUCUGGUUAGAAAUUAUUUGUUUGUACCAAACAUAUUUUGAACAUGUUUAGCAAUUGAUAUAUUACGAAUCCAUAAAAUCAGCGUUGUAUAUUCAAACAGGGCAGCACGCUUAUAGCUUCGAAUCUCUUAGAUCCUGCAUGUAUAGUAUGUUUCAUCAAGAGACGCAUAAAUAUCAUUCACAUUUGAAAUUAUUGUCGUGCUACCGUAGUUGAAUGUAAUACACUGAUAUACAUGUUUUCAGGGAUGUAGGCAAAGUUUUGAGGGCUAAGUAUAAGAAAUGUACUUUGUUUAUGGUUCCUUGAACACUAAUGGAAAACAUUGCAUAAAAUAAAAAUCUAUAAAGCUUA